CGACGACACAGGAAAAAACAAAUAUCUGUCACAGCUUGCGUUUCUGGGAAUCUUUGCUCCCUUUCGGUUAUGCAGCGAGGAAAUGUCACACACUCAGAGGCAGAUAAGCAAGCAAGACAGAAAGACAGGCUGCCGACGCUGACUUCACUUCAAAGAUCCAAGCUGCAUUUCUUCUUUUUCUGCUUUGGCACAUUGUAGAUUUAAAAAAACAAAUGGCAGCUUCUCCUUCUGCUACAGAGCUUCCAUAAUGGUUGUUGCUGAUCACCAAACAGGAUGCUGCCUGGGAUUUAUUGUCCGGUCGAAUUUUGGUCCAAAGAAGCCAACCAGAGCAUCCAAGUGGACUUCCUCUUGCCCACCGGCAUUUACUUGACUCUCUCCGUUUCCUGCAAUGCAACCCUGGGCACCAUCAAACAGCUGGUCUGGCACCAUGCCCAAUGCGAGCCCUUCUUCCACAUGCUCAGUGACCCAGAGUCGUACGUCUUCACCUGCAUCAACCAGACGGCCGAGCGGCAAGAGCUGGAAGACGAGCAGCGGCGCCUCUGCGACAUCCAGCCAUUCUUGCCAGUCCUGCGGCUCGUGGCCCGUGAAGGCGACCGGGUCAAAAAGCUGAUCAGUUCUCAGAUCAGCCUCCUUAUCGGCAAAGGUUUGCAUGAGUUUGACUCUCUGGGAGAUCUGGAAGUGGACGACUUCCGUGUCAAAAUGCAGCACUUUUGCGAGGAGAGAGCGGCCCGGCGGCAGCAGCUAAGCUGGAAGGCCUGGAUGGAAUACAGCUUCCCAGUCCAACUGGAGCCUUUGGCCAAUGGACUGGGAGGAAGGUCUCUGCUCCAGUUCCCCAAUAAGAACAUUUUUGUCAACGUCAAGUUUGAAAGUGGAGGGGAAAGUUUUACCUUCCAGAUCUCGCCCAAGGAGUACCCUGCAACCCUUAUGAGCUAUGCCAUCAAGAAGCAAGCGACUGUUUUCCGUCACCAAAAAAUCAACAGCCCUGAAGAUUAUGCUUUGCAGAUUAAUGGGAAAUAUGAAUACCUCUAUGGAAACCACCCCUUGUACCAAUUCCAGUACAUCCGCGACUGCCUCUGCCGCGGCCUCCUUCCCCACCUCACCAUGGUACACGCCUCCUCCAUCUCGGCUUUGUGGGAAGAGCAGACCAAUGGGAUUUCCUAUCCUAUAAAAGCAGCCAGCAAAGCACCUCCAGUCCCUAAGAAAAAGCCAAUGUCGGUGUCUCUGUGGUCCCUUGAGCAACCUUACUCUAUUGAGUUGGUGCAGGGCAGUAAAGUGAAUGCGGACGAGCGGAUGAAGUUGGUGGUCCAGGCAGGCCUGUACCAUGGCCAUGAGAUGCUCUGCAAGAUGGUCUCCAGCUCGGAGGUCAGCGUCUGCUCGGAGCCGGUGUGGGGCCAGAGGCUGGAGUUUGAGAUCAACGUCUGCGACUUACCUCGCAUGGCACGGCUCUGCCUGGCCCUCUAUGCAGUUGUGGAGAAAGCCAAGAAGGCAAGGUCCACCAAAAAGAAGUCCAAGAAAGCGGACUGCCCAAUUGCCUGGGUGAACGUCAUGCUGUUUGAUUUCCGAGACCAACUGAAAACGGGAGAAUGCUGCCUACCCAUGUGGUCAUCAUUUCCAGAUGAGAAAGGAGAGCUGUUGAACCCCAUGGGCACGGUCCAGACCAACCCCAACACUGAGAGCGCAGCCUCCUUGGUCAUCCGGUUCCCCACCAUUUCAUCCAACCCACUGUAUUAUCCCACCUUUGAACAGAUACUGGAGCAGGGAAAGAACGGGCAGUCUUCCUUCUCCAUGGUAGAGGAUCCAGAGGAGAAGCAACAGCUGAAGGAAAUCCUGGAACGCAGGUCUCACACCGACCUCUAUGAACACGAGAAGGACCUUGUGUGGAAAAUGAGGCACCAGAUCCGAGACCACUUCCCGCACGCCUUGGCAAAGCUCUUGGUUGUCACCAAGUGGAAUAAACACGAAGAUGUUGCUCAGAUGAUCUAUUUGCUGCAGUCCUGGCCAGAGUUGCCUGUCCUCAAUGCCCUGGAGCUGUUGGAUUUCAGUUUUCCUGAUCGCUAUGUAGGAGCCUUCACAGUCAACUCACUGAAAAAACUUACAGAUGCCGACUUGUUCCAAUACCUCUUGCAGCUGGUCCAGGUGCUGAAAUACGAGUCCUAUUUAGACUGCGAAUUAACCAAGUUCCUCUUGGGCCGGGCCUUAUCCAACCGCAAGAUUGGGCACUUCCUCUUCUGGCACCUCAGGUCAGAAAUGCAUGUUCCUUCUGUCGCCUUACGAUUCGGCCUGAUCCUGGAGGCCUACUGCCGAGGAAGCACCUUCCACAUGAAGGCUCUGAUGAAACAGACCGAAUCCCUCAACAAGAUGAAGGCACUCAAUGACCUCAUCAAAGCCAGUUCCCAGAAGAAUGCCAAGCCCCAAACCAAGGAGUUCAUGCACACCUGCAUGCGGCAGGAGACCUACCUGGAAGCCCUCUCCAACCUCCAGUCUCCCUUGAACCCCAGCGUCAUUCUGGCCAAAGUUAGCGUGGAGCUAUGCACUUUCAUGGAUUCGAAGAUGAAGCCGCUGUGGAUCGUGUUUAAUAACGAAGACGCUGGGGGAGGCCACGUGGGUGUCAUUUUUAAAAAUGGAGACGACCUUCGUCAGGAUAUGUUGACCCUGCAAAUGAUCCAACUCAUGGACAUCCUGUGGAAGAAAGAGGGCCUAGACUUGCGGAUGACCCCGUACGGCUGCCUUUCAACAGGAGACAAGACCGGAUUGAUAGAAGUGGUCAUGGACUCGGACACCAUUGCCAACAUCCAGCUCAACAAGAGCAAUAUGGCCGCCACAGCCGCCUUCAACAAGGAUGCCUUGUUGAAUUGGUUGAAAUCCAAGAACCCUGGUGAUGCCUUGGACCGGGCCAUUGAAGAGUUCACGCUUUCCUGUGCUGGGUAUUGUGUGGCCACCUACGUUUUGGGGAUUGGAGACCGUCACAGCGACAACAUCAUGAUCCGAGAGAAUGGCCAGCUGUUUCACAUUGAUUUUGGCCACUUCUUGGGGAACUUCAAGACCAAGUUUGGGAUCAAUCGCGAGCGGGUCCCUUUCAUCUUGACCUAUGACUUCGUUCACGUGAUCCAACAAGGGAAAACGAACAACAGCGAGAAGUUUGAACGAUUCAGAGAGUACUGUGAAAGGGCCUACAUGAUCCUCCGGUGCCACGGUCUGCUCUUCCUACACCUGUUUGCCCUCAUGAAAGCUGCCGGGUUGCCUGAGCUGAGCUGCUCCAAAGACAUCCAAUACCUCAAGGACUCCCUGGCCUUGGGAAAGACCGAUGAAGAAGCCAGGAGACACUUCCAGCUCAAGUUCAAUGAAGCUCUCCGGGAAAGCUGGAAAACCAAAGUGAACUGGCUGGCUCACAACGUCUCCAAAGACAACCGGCAAUAGGCCUCUUAAGAAAGAACGCAAGACGUGUUGCCCAAAAGCGGAGAAACCAAGAGCUCCUUCGAAGUUUCCUCAAGUUCUUGUCAAGAGCUGCCUGGUUGGCAGAGGUGUGAGACAAAGGAUGAGUGGAAGGUAGGGAGAUAAGGUGUAAAGAAGAGCUGGCCUCUUCAAGAAACAAAAGAGGAUUGAUUGAUGGUACUUGCUUUUUCUUUAAUGUGUUACAAAUGAUGCAAAACCUGGUAUUUAAUAGUUCUUUUGCACUUGUGUGAAUGUGGACAAAGGGUUUGUGUCCUUUACACCACUUAACUUCUCAUACCCAGAGCUCGCAGAAUCCAUCACAUUAGGAAAAUUAGCAUCUUCUUGUUGAGCAGACAUAUUUUAAAGACGUAGCCAGUUGUGCUAUUGUUGUGUUGUCAAAGGCUUUCAUGGCCAGAAUCACUGGGUUGCUAGCAGUUUUCUGGGUUGUCUGGCCAUAUUCCAGAAGCAUUCUCUUGACAUUUUGCCCACAUCUAUGGCUGGCAUCCUCAGAGGUUGUGAGGUCUGUUGGAAGCUAGGCAAGUGGGGUUGAUAUAUCUGUGGGGUGGGAUAAAGUACUCUUGUCUGUUGGAGGAAAAUGAGGAUGCUGCAAUUGGCCAGCUUGAUUAGGACUGAAUGGCCAUGCAGCUUCAAAGCCUGAUUGCUUCCUGCCUGGGGGAAUCCUUUAUUGGGAGUUGUUAGGUAAAGGUUUACCCCUGAUGUUAAGUCCAGUCGUGUCUGACUCUGGGGGUUGGUGCUCAUCUCCAUUUCUAAGCCGAAGAGCCGGCGUUGUCUGUAGACACCUACAAGAUCAUGUGGCCACUGGCAUGACUGCAUGGAGCGCCAUUACCUUUCCGCCAGAGCAGUACCUAUUGAUCUACUCACACUCUGGGGGUUGGUGCUCAUCUCCAUUUCUAAGCCGAAGAGCCGGCGUUGUCCGUAGACACCUCCAAGGUCAUGUGGCCAUAGGCAUGACUGCAUGGAGCACCGUUACCUUCCCGCCGGAGCAGUACCUAUUUAUCUACUCACACUCUGGGGGCUGGUGCUCAUCUCCAUUUCUAAGCCAAAGAGUCGGCAUUUGUCCAUAGACACCUCCAAGGUCAUGUGGCCCACAUGACUGCAUGGAGCAGCAUUACCUUCCCGCCGGAGCGGUACCUAUUUAUCUACUCACAUUUGCAUGUUUUUGAACUGCUAGGUUGGCAGGAGCUGGGGCUAACAGCAGGCGCUCAUUCUGCUCCUGGGAUUUGAACCUGGAACCUUUCGGUCUGCAAGUUCAGCAGCUCAGCACUUUAACACACUGAUAGUUUCCUGUCUGGCAUUCCCAUUUUCUGAGUGUUGUUCUUUAUUUACUUCCUGAUUUUAGAGUUUUUUAAAAUACCGGUAGCCAGAUUUUGUUCAUUUCCAUGGUUUCCUCCUUUCUGUUGAAAUUGUUCACAUACAGUACUUCUGGAUUUCAGUGGCUUCUGUAUAGUCUGACAUGAUGGUUAAGUGUGGUCCAGCAUUUCUGUGUUCUCAGCCAGGCUUUGCAGCUGCAAGUCUAUUCAGAGCUAAUCAAAGUGACCAAUGGCAAUAUUCCCACUUGCCUCCAACAUUCAAGAGUUCUUUCUCUCACCCUGGACAUGAUUCCACAGAUAUAUAAACCCUACUUGCCUAGUUUCCCACAGACCUCACAACUUCUGAGAAUGCAUGCCAUAAAUGUGAGCAAAACGUCAGGAGAGAAUGCUUCUGGAACAUAGCCAGACAGCCUGGAAAACUCAAAGCAACCCAAAGCUUAACAUAAUAAUACAUAUAAACCCUACUUGCCUAGUUUCCCACAGACCUCACAACCUCUGAGGAUGCAUGCCAUAGAUGUGGGCGAAACGUCAGGAGAGAAUGCUUCUGAAACAUAGCCAUACAGCCCGAAAAACUCACAUAAACCCUGUGCUAUGGUUGUUUUUGUUUUACUAAAAUGACACAACUUGGAUUUUCUAAAUCAAAUUGCAGAGGCGAGGCCUGGGUUUUGUUAGCAAACAAAGGUCUUAAAAGAGUCAAAGUCUUAAAAGAGUGGAUCUGUCACUUAACUAUCCAACAGUUUAUUCAGCAGAUCUUACUUUAGUUGGGACUCUUAACAGAAUUACUGUAAUUGGCAUGAAGUGUAAACUUUAGUUGCACCUUCUUGCUUUAAAACUGCCAGUCUGUUUUCUCAGCUGAGACCAAAAUAAUUGUUCUUGGGAAUUGAAAAAUGCCAGUAUCCGAAAAGAAUUGUAAAUGAUCUUUGGUACUACGUACAAACCCACUGUGUCCGGUUUUUCUCCAUGUUGAAUUUACUUCCAAUUUCAGGUGCUUAUCCAAAGUGCAAAAUAGAGCGCAUUCUUGUUUUGAUUGAAGCUGUGUCUCUCGAGUCCUUUCUUCUUAGCAAAACAACACUGGCUUUUGCUGAGAUGGGAAAGUCAGCAGACAUCAGAUCUAGGAGCAUCUUUCUUUUCUGCAGUUGUUUAUAAAGAGACCUGUACUGCUGUUUUGUAUUGUUGUGCUGUUGGCACUUGCAGGGUUUUGCUUUAAUGAAGUGGAAAACUUUUAAGAAAAUAGUAACAAUCACUCAAGAUGUUGUCGAAGGCUUUCAUGGCCAGAAUCACUGGGUUGCUGUGAGUUUUCCGGACUGUAUGGCCUUGUUCCAGAAGCAUUCUCUCCUGACUUUGAAUGCUAAACAAGAUGGCUAAUUGCAACAUUCACACUUGCCUAAAACAGACAAGAGUUCUUUCUCCCUCCCUAGACAUUCUACAGAUAUAUAAACCUCACUUGUUUAGUUUCCAACAGAACUCACAACUUCCUGCUAUAGAUGCGGGCAAAAUGUCAGGAGAGAAUGCUUCUGGAACAUGGCCAUACAGGCCAGAAAACACAUAGCAACCCAAUCACUCAAGGCUUAGAUGUUGACUGGCAUCCUCCAUUGCUCCACUUUACAUGCUAUAAAAUGGGAUCCUCAGAAAGUACAGUAGAGUCUCACUUAUCCAACAUAAACAGGCCAGCAGAACGUUGCAUAAGCGAAUAUGUUGGAUAAUAAGGAGGCAUUAAGGAAAAGCCUAUUAAACAUCACAUUAGGUUAUGAUUUUACAAGUUAAGCACCAAAACAUCAUGUUAUACAACAAAUUUGACAGAAAAAGUAGUUCAAUACUCAGUAAUGCUAUAUAGUAAUUACUGUAUAUACAAAUUUAGCACCAAAAUAUCAUGAUGUAUUGAAAAUAUUGACUACAAAAAUGCCUUGGAUAAUCCAGAAUGUCUUGGAUAAGUGAGACUCUACUGUAUUGAAAACAUUGACUACAAAAAUGCCUUGGAUAAUCCAGAACCUUGGAUAAGCGAGUCUUGGAUAAGUGAGACUCUACUGUAUUGAAAACAUUGACUACAAAAAUGCCUUGGAUUAUCCAGAACCUUGGAUAAGCGAAUCUUGGAUAAGUGAGACUCUACUGUAUUGAAAACAUUGACUACAAAAAUGUGUUGGAUAAUCCAGAACGUUGGAUAAGUGAGACUCUACUGUACCUUUGAAAGUUUUAAUUAUUGUAUCCACACAGGAAAGCUUUAUCCUGAGACUCUUUGACAGACAUUAACAGGACAUUUCUUUUUUUUUUAGAACCAGAAAUUUAUUGUAGCUCAGACUUUCCAAACUUGACCUAUUUACCAAUAUACACAUCUGAAAUGUUAGACCCAUGAUGGCUACAAACUGCAUCAGAAAAAAAGUUUACAACCUUUCAGCAUUAGCAUUUAAGAGAGAGAGAGAGAAAAAGACACACACACAUGAUCAGGGUUACAGUCUCUAAAAUACAGCCGCUACAGUGACGGUUUCAUGGAAAAAGGGGUUAAGAGUCUUCUUCUACACAGUGACAUUAAAACACAGGACAACUUGGACAUAAGUUAAAAGUCUUCCCAGGUUUUUUUUAAACUGAAAAACUAGCAUGUAAAAGUAGUCAAAACCAGCUUCCCUUGCCCAUUUUAGAAACGUAAGUUUUUUUUUAACAGUUAUAAAAGAGGAUGAGGUGGUGAUGAGCUGAUUUAGAAGUUGAACCUGCCUUGUCUUCAGAGCCAUCCGCAGUAAAAGGCACUCCAGAGACCAGCUUUUUGAGAAAUGUAGCCAAACGAGGGAGGAAAAUGGCCUUCUAUCCCUUAAAGAGCUGUUCCAGGAUGGACAGGUGGUUCUGAAGGUUUGGGUUUCAGGGCCCAGAAUCCCCAGCCCCAAUUGUGAAGGAUGCUGGGAGUUGAAGUCCAAACCGUAGGCUGGUCCUUAGUAUAGUUUACCUUGCCUCCCAAUCUUUCAGUCAUAGAGCUGGAGACCUUUCUCCAACACCUUUGAGUCUGUAUUCCUGGCUCCAGAGUAAACCAACCUCUUUAGCAGCAUCUGGAGACCCUUGCCCUGAAAUAUGUGUCCUUUCACCAACCUCACUUUAUUCUAGUGUGGCGCAAUGAGUUAAACCCUUGUGCCUGCUGAACUGCUGACUUGAAGGUUGGCGAUCCAUGAGACGGGGUGAGCUCCCGUCUGUUAGCACUAGCUCAUGAGGGGCCUUGAGAGAAGGCCCUUGCAGGAUGGCAACACAUUCUCUCACACCAGAAGCGUCUUGCAGUAUGUUCUCAAGUCGGGUGAGCUCCCAUCUGUCAGCUCUGGUUUGCAUGGACAUGAGAGAAGCCUCCCAGCAGGAUGGUAACACAUCUGGGCAUCCCCCUGGGCAACGUCUUUGAAGACAGCCAAUUCUCUCACACCAGAAGCGACUUGCAGUAUGUUCUCAAGUCGGGUGAGCUCCCAUCUGUCAGCUCUGGUUUGCAUGGACAUGAGAGAAGCCUCCCAGCAGGAUGGUAACACAUCUGGGAGUCCCGCUGAGCAAUGUCUUUGAAGACAGCCAAUUCUUUCACACCAGAAGUGACUUGCAGUAUGUUCUCAAGUCGGGUGAGCUCCCAUCUGUCAGCUCUAGUUUGCAGGGACAUGAGAGAAGCCUCCCAGCAGGAUGGUAACACAUCUGGGAGUCCCCCUGGGCAACGUCUUUUAAGACAGCCAAUUCUCUCAUCUGUCAGCUCUGGUUUGCAGGGACAUGAGAGAAGCCUCCCAGCAGGAUGGUAACACAUCUGGGAGUCCCCCUGGGCAAUGUCUUUGAAGACAGCCAAUUCUUUCACACCAGAAGCGACUUGCAGUAUGUUCCCAAGUCGGGUGAGCUCCCAUCUGUCAGCUCUAGUUUGCAGGGACAUGAGAGAAGCCUCCCAGCAGGAUGGUAACACAUCUGGGAGUCCCCCUGGGCAACGUCUUUGAAGACAGCCAAUUCUUUCACACCAGAAGUGACUUGCAGUAUGUUCUCAAGUCGGGUGAGCUCCCAUCUGUCAGCUCUGGUUUGCAUGGACAUGAGAGAAGCCUCCCAGCAGGAUGGUACCACAUCUGGGAGUCCCCCUGGGCAACGUCUUUGAAGACAGCCAAUUCUUUCACACCAGAAGUGACUUGCAGUAUGUUCUCAAGUCGGGUGAGCUCCCAUCUGUCAGCUCUGGUUUGCAUGGACAUGAGAGAAGCCUCCCAGCAGGAUGGUACCACAUCUGGGAGUCCCCCUGGGCAACGUCUUUGAAGACAGCCAAUUCUCUCAUCUGUCAGCUCUAGUUUGCAGGGACAUGAGAGAAGCCUCCCAGCAGGAUGGUAACACAUCUGGGCAUCCCCUUGGGCAACGCCUUUGAAGACAGCCAAUUCUCUCACACCAGAAGCGACUUGCAGUAUGUUCUCAAGUCGGGUGAGCUCCCAUCUGUCAGCUCUAGUUUGCAGGGACAUGAGAGAAGCCUCCCAGCAGGAUGGUAACACAUCUGGGCAUCCCCUUGGGCAGCGUCUUUGAAGACAGCCAAUUCUCUCAUCUGUCAGCUCUGGUUUGCAGGGACAUGAGAGAAGCCUCCCAGCACGAUGGUAACACAUCUGGGCAUCCCCCUGGGCAACGCCUUUGAAGACAGCCAAUUCUCUCACACCAGAAGCGACUUGCAGUAUGUUCUCAAGUCGGGUGAGCUCCCAUCUGUCAGCUCUAGUUUGCAGGGACAUGAGAGAAGCCUCCCAGCAGGAUGGUAACACAUCUGGGAGUCCCCCUGGGCAACGUCUUUGAAGACAGCCAAUUCUCUCACACCAGAAGCAACUUGUAGUAUGUUCUCAAGUCGGGUGAGCUCCCAUCUGUCAGCUCUAGUUUGCAGGGACAUGAGAGAAGCCUCCCAGCAGGAUGGUAACACAUCUGGGCAAUGUCUUUGUAGAUGGCCAAUUCUCCCACACCAGAAGUGACUUGCAGUAUGUUCUCAAGUCGGGUGAGCUCCCAUCUGUCAGCUCUAGUUUGAAGGGUCAUGAGAGAAGCCUCCCAGCAGGAUAGUAACACAUCCGGGCAUCCCCCUGGGCAACGUCUUUGAAGACAGCCAAUUCUCUCACACCAGAAGCGACUUGCAGUAUGUUCUCAAGUCGGGUGAGCUCCCAUCUGUCAGCUCUAGUUUGCAGGGACAUGAGAGAAGCCUCCCAGCAGGAUGGUAACACAUCUGGGAGUCCCCCUGGGCAACGUCUUUGAAGACAGCCAAUUCUCUCACACCAGAAGCAACUUGCAGUAUGUUCUCAAGUCAGGUGAGCUCCCAUCUGUCAGCUCUAGUUUGCAGGAACAUGAGAGAAGCCUCCCAGCAGGAUGGUAACACAUCUGGGAGUCCCCCUGGGCAACGUCUUUGAAGACAGCCAAUUCUCUCACACCAGAAGCAACGUGUAGUAUGUUCUCAAGUCGGGUGAGCUCCCAUCUGUCAGCUCUAGUUUGCAGGGACAUGAGAGAAGCCUCCCAGCAGGAUGGUAACACAUCUGGGCAUCCCCUGGGCAACGUCUUUGAAGACAGCCAAUUCUCUCACACCAGCCUCAAUUCGCUAAUAAACUUUAUUCUAGUUAGCAGCCAGCAAGUGGGAGCAAAACAGCCUCGGCCAUCUCUCCCACUGCAAAUAAAACACCAAUUUGCUGUAUAAGCAAAGAAGCGACUGACUUAAUAUUCUUUAAAAGCGAGGAAAAAGAACCAAUCUGCCCUGUGAAAAGCCUAGCAGUUGCUGCCAUGCUGUUGGGGCCAUCACUUGCUUUUCUGCGCUUUGGGGGAAUUCCUGUAAAAAACCCCAAAACCCGCUCUUUUCAACCUUGCGCCUUGAAGCAGGUUCGCAAGGUAGCUGGAGGAAAAUAAUUGCAGACAUUCAGUGUAAACAAUGACACCCCCCUCAACCCCAAAAGACAAAAAGAAGCCCAAAUUAUUGUACAAGAGUCACAAGCCACAAAUUGGGAGUUUUUCGAAGAACGACGCCCCGCCACGUUCCAUCAUCCCCAUUACAAUCAAUCGGAGACCCCCGCGUACACAGGAAUGUGGAAUUCAGAAAGCGCCCGGCCACUGGGGCACCUCUCUUUGUGCAAACAAAAUAAAAACCAAUUUCGUCAUUUUUAUAUAUCAUAUCAAGUGCCCGAGAGACAUCCUCCUCGAAACCGACACAAACAAGGACCCGGCCCUUGAGAAAAGGAGGGAAGUCAGACUCGUAAAAAAAAAAAAAUUAAAAAUCACCUUUUUUUUGGUCUUUUCUUUAUGAAAGUAGCAUUUAAAUCAACAAAAUAAACUAACAAAAAAAAAAACAAAAACGGGGAAACCUAUCAACAGAGUAAAGAUGGCAUUCGAAGUCCAAUGCCACUGGAUCAUUUCUCUACACGAAUGAAAACUUGCCCCAUGCUUUUGGCGGCAGGAACAGAACAAAAGAAAGAUAAAACAAACCUUAUCUCUACAGCAUGCGGCAUGAUUCGUUUUUAAAAGUUUUUAGCAUGGUUUCCUCCCUCCCUCCCGCGUCCCACCCACCCCAUUUUUUUUCACUACCACAAGUGACGUAAUUACAUAAUUCCGAUAUAUUUACAAAAUAUUAAAAAGUCUUGUUAAUCUUCUACAUAUUGACCUCAUUCUGCCACUUUACACAUGCACUAGAGUUUGGGAGGAGAGAGG